UCUCCAUCACUCAUUCCCUGCCUUAGAAACCAAAAUGGCUCAAAUCAUUGUACCCAGCAACAUAUUUCUAACCCUUAUUAUUGUAGCUGCAGCUGUAGCUGGGUAUGUGGAGGCUCAAAGCCCGAGCACUAGCGACGUGUCGGUGGCUGAUAUCGUCACGCCCGAAUUCUUCAACGGCAUAAUUGGCCAGGCCGAUGCAAGCUGUGUCGGCAAGAACUUUUAUUCCCGAGCUACCUUUCUUGAGGCUCUCAAGUCUUAUGAUCAGUUCGGUAAGAUUGGUUCCAUUGAUGACUCUAAGCGUGAGAUUGCUGCCUUCUUUGCCCAUGUCACCCAUGAGACUUUUCAUUUCUGCUACAUAGAAGAGAUAGAUGGACCCUCAAAGGACUACUGUGAUGAGAGCAACACACAAUAUCCAUGCAAGCCAAACAAGGGCUACUACGGGCGUGGACCAAUCCAACUAUCAUGGAACCCCAACUACGGGCGAGCCGGAGAAAGCAUUGGCUUCGACGGAUUAAACUCUCCUGAAACAGUUGCCAAUGACCCCAUCAUCUCCUUCAAGACGGCGUUGUGGUAUUGGAUGAACAGCGUCCGACCGGUCAUCGGAGAAGGUUUCGGUGCAACAAUACGAGCCAUUAAUGGUGCCCUUGAAUGUGAUGGUGGAAACCCUGCUACUGUUCAGAAACGUGUUGCGUAUUUCACUGAAUAUUGUAACCAACUUGGUAUUGCUCCCGGGGACAAUCUCACUUGCUAGGAGACAUCUCAGUUUACUCGCUGAGCUAGAUGUUAUGUUUUCCUAUUUAGAUCGGUGCACUAGAUAUUAAGUCAUAUAAGGUUUAAUAAGAGUUUGAUUAAGUUAUGUCUUGAGGCCCAAAACCUUGUGAAAUAAGGAAUGGUUUUGAAGCCUAAUUAAGGAGUCCUAUUUCGUUUCCUUUUUGUGUGAACCAAUUUAAGUGGGCUUGAAAGAUAAGUCAAGUAGGCCUCGGUGAUGAGUAGAGACGACUUGACCUAGCCGUAUAUAAGCUAAAGGCCCUGCUCUCAUCAGACAUGUUCUCUAAACCUAUUCUCAUCAUAAAGAGAGAGCUGAAACAGUUUCUGAGAGAGAGCAGAAGUCUUUAGCCGUUCUUGUUGUUGCUGGGAUCACUGUUGCUACGCAUAGGAUGAAUUCGGAAGCUGUGUAUUCAAGGAAGAUGGCUCCAGGUAUGUUGUCACAUCUUUAUACGUAUUGCAAGUCAUGUGAAAGAUCUAGAAAUUGCAUGUAAGGAAUCUAACACUAGAAACAUUCAUCUCAGUUUAAUGAUAAAUGUACCCCACAUAAAACAUUAAUGAAAUACCAGGAGAUUUUU